AGCUGUCCAAGUACUUAUAACAAUGGUUUGGAUGAUUGUGGAACCACCUGGUACUCGUUUCUAUUACCCCGACAGAAACGAAGUAAUUCUGAAGUGCAAAAUACAAGAUAUGUCGUUUCUGUUUUCCCAACUGUAUAACAUGAUAUUAAUAACAAUAUGCACAAUCUAUGCAAUUAAGACCCGGAAAAUACCAGAAAAUUUUAAUGAGUCAAAGUUUAUUGGAUUUACUAUGUACACUACAUGUAUAAUAUGGCUUGCAUUUGUUCCAAUUUAUUUUGGAACAGGGAAUUCAUAUGAGAUUCAAAUCACAACAUUGUGCAUAUCUAUCAGCUUAAGUGCAUCAGUUGCACUGAUCUGUCUGUACUCACCGAAGGUUUAUAUUUUAGUGUUUCAUCCUGAUAAAAAUAUUCGAAAGCUAACUAUGAAUAGUACUGUGUACCGGCGAUCUGGCGCUGCUCAUACUCAUAGCGCCGCAGGUGUCAUUGGAGGUAGUACAUAUAAAUGCGAUAAAAUGCCAUCACAAUCACAAUAUAACGUUACGGGGACAGACGUACAAGAUGCUUCAAGUGUUAUUGAACGUAAGUUUUCAGACAAUGGAAGUGUACAUGAUCAAAGUUCGAUUGCAGAAAUAUCCGAAAUGAAUACUACUAUUAAACAACAAGAACAUUUUGAAAAUUCAAAAAUCUUGACACAAAUUACCCACAAUGCAGAAACAGCAUUUAAUUUUAAUGGUCGAAGUAGUACCGAAAUGAUAUUAACAGCAGAAUCUGUGAAAGAACAAGCGAAUACUAGUGCCAAAUGUGAAUGCCCUACUUUAUAUUAAAAAUAAACUUUAAUUUAAUAGAAGGUUCAUGAUAAAUGUGUUUUAUUAUAAAGGAUG